AAAGAAGUCUAACAUGUACUGGAAAUUCAAUUUCAACCAGGUAGCCACCUGGUAGAGGUAUGAGCUGGACAGCUAGUAAGACGUUCCUAUAAAGGUCCUGAAUGUGGGAUAAAUGACGCCAUCUGUUAAUCGUGAAAAGGACUUUAACAGCAACUUAAAGACUUUAAUUGUCACAUACAAUAAUAAUGCACAGAGCGUUAACUGUUUUGGGACUAACAUCUACAGUCAGUUGAUCCACGUCACUUCUGCUUGCGCAGGCUCCCAUUCACCCACCAGCUGAUGCUCCACCUGCUCAGCACCACGGACAGCUCCGUCCUGCACCGCUGGCAGAUGGAGCCCGCAUGGAGCAUCUCUGCACUGGACACUCACGACGGCAGCAUGAGUCACACAGCAUGGAUAACAGACUCGACUUCCAGCACGGAAUCACUCAAGAUGAGUAUUUACAAUACACAGCAGCGCCUUCAGGUUUUAAUGCCAGUGACGCCAUUAGGGAAACGUCAGCAGCUAUGAAUUUAACCAAGUUAACUGUAAAGUUUAACGAGAAAGAACUGAUGCAUGGCUUGAACGAUCGUCUUGCAGGAUUCAUAAAGAAGGUGCACCAUUUGGAGCGCCAGAAUGAUUUGUUAGAGAGAGAAAUCAAGGAUCUCAGAGGGAAAGCGAAACGUGCAUCUUGUUUCGAGGAGGAAUAUGGACCAGAGAUCAGGAAACUGAGACAGCUGGUUCAGGAUAUUACUCAUCAGAAGCACCGGAUUGAAAUCGAGCAUCAGAAUUUAGAGGAAGAGCUGUCCAACUUGAGGAAACAACAUGAACAGGAGGCGCGUAGCAAAUCAGAUGCCGAGAGCAAAAUUAUGGUCCUCAAGAAGGACAUCAGUGACGCAUAUCAGGCUAAACUACAGCUGGACAAGAAGGCCCAGGCUCUUGUUGAUGAAAUUCAUUUCCUGAAGGGAAGCCAUGAGGCCGCGGUGUCCGAGAUGUUUGACCAAAUUAAGAGUUCGCAGGAGACUGUGCAGGCACAUGAAUUUGGAAACCCUGGCGUCACUGCGGCACUCCGGAACAUCAGGACACAGCUGGUUGGACGUGCUACGGCCGAUGUCGGGCAGGUGGGAGAAUCCUUCCGAUCUCAGUUUGCAAGAUUAACGGAGGCAGCUGAGACCAAAAGAAAGGAGCUAAAAGCAGCACGACAAAAGAUCCAGGAGUACAGGAGGCUUCUGCAGACCAAAAACAUCGAACUGAACUGCGCAAUAGGCACCAGGGAAGCGCUGGAAAAGCAGCUUCAUGACGUCGAGGAUCGCCACAAGGAAGAAAUCAUCCAUUAUCAGAACACAAUCCAAGAACUUGAAAACGAGCUCAUAAAUUGCAAAUCUGACAUGUCUGGUUACCUGCGGGAGUUUCAGGAGCUGUUAAAUGUGAAGAUAGCUUUGGAUGUGGAGAUACUGUCUUACAGGAAGCUUCUCUACGGCGAGGAGGCUCGGCUAUCCACAGUAUCAGACACCCACAUCUCUUUGCCAUACAUUUACCAUCAGUCCCCUGUUUACACCCUCCCCUGCCUUUGCCGCCCAGGGGCCCCGUACAGACGAACAGAGCCCCAGUACAAGUUUGUAGAGGAGAUCAUAACGGAGACCACCAGGGAAAUUGAAAUGUCAGAAUUUGAGGAGACAGAAUCAGAGGACACAGAAGCAGAAUAUGGUGAGCAGGAGUGUAGCAAAAAAGACAGAGGGAGCAGUGAGGAAGAGAAGGAUAAUAACGAUUGUCAAGAGAAGGAAGGUGAAGGGAUGCUUGAUAGUCAGCAGAAUCAAGUAGAAUCAGUGGAAAAUGCAGUAAAUGGAAGGGGAAGAGGGAGUCUUGGUGAGGUAGAUGAUACUGAAAAAGGUAAAAAAAGUAAAGAAAAGUCUGAGGAGACUGAAGCAGCUGACAAUGAAGGGGACUGUGGCCUGGAUAAAAAUACCCAAAGCAAAGUUUUAAGUGUGAGAACUGGUGGGGAAGGAAAUAAGCAACAUCAAAAAAUACCUGAAAAUAAUGAAAAAACAAAAGCAGAGAAAGAAGCUGCAAUGACAAAGGUAACAGUUCAGAAACAUCUCUGUUCUCAACCAGAUGAUUUAAAACCAGAGAAUGAAAUCCUGAAAAAAUCUGCAAAUGGUGAAGAAGAAGAUGGUGAGAAAGGCAGUUUUAUCCUAACUAAAGCAAAGAAAUCUGUUGAUGAGACCUUGGCCCAAGUGUCUCAACAAUUAGACAGAACGCAAGAGCAAAGCAGAGCUGUUCAAGUUCAAGAUACAGCUUCGACUCACAAACCCACCGAUUUGACAGGAAUGACAAGCAGCAUUCUGCCUGUGGAGACAGAAGAACUUCCAGAAAAGGCUCAAAUAACAUCAAGUAUAACAAAAACUGAGGAAAGGGAAUACAAUCACACAGAAACAAAGGAAUUUGGUACUGCAAAAAGUGAGAAAGUAGCAAAAAGCAGUAAAGAUGCCAGACACGACAGUAAUAAAAACCAAGGUAAAAAGCCAUCUCUUGGAUAGAAUGUGAAAAGCCUCUGUGGAGUCGGGGAUCAGAGGCCAGACAGCGGGGAUAAACCUGAAACCAUCCAAACUGUGCUGCCAAAGGAAAAGACAACCACCAGUGCAGAAGUCAAACAGCUGCAUCAGGGGGAAUCAGAAAGCAGCCAGGUUCAGACUGAAGGCCCAGAGAAUAUAAAUAAUCCUCAAGGUAAACCCCAGAAGGUUGAGUGAUGAGCCUGAGAAACAUGUGUACAAUACAAACAGAGCGGAUAUCUGCGGUGGCGCAGGAUACAAAGAUUAAUGAUAUUUCUACCUUAAAUUAAAUGAGACAACUCCUCAUAAGCAAAUAUUAAAGACAGUGAAGCUGAAAGAUAGCUACAAAGCUACAACAAUGCAGAUGCAAAUUCAAGGCAAAGACAGGAAAGCUCAGAGCUGUCUUUCAUUCUUCAAAAUGACAAUUUUAAAACGAGAGAUUACUCCAGGGUUUGCAUCAGCUUUGCCUUUGGACUUUAAAUCAGCUUGUGAGGUAUUCAGAUUUUUUGACUCACCACUCAGCUAACUUAUUUAUGAAUGUAAACAAUACAGGAUGAAUUUUGAAUGACUAUCAGUUUUGGUAUGCGCUGCAAAUACAUGUAAUAUCAAGAAAUACUGUGAUUGAGUUAAAUUGUGACUAAAACCUAUGGCCAACUCAACAGAAACUGUGUAACAACAUGAGCAAAUCUAGAAAUGAGGUGAAAGGUGAAUACAAUCACAUUAGUUUCCUUCACUUCCCAUCUCUGUAUAUCAAUGUCUUCUGAAGGUCAUUGAGUGUCUUUAUUUACCUUCUUUGUCGGAAAACAUCUGCAGGUCCUUAUUUGGCUGUUUCCCCUGUAGUUUCCAUUUCCUUAUGGGAGACAUGCAUAUCAGGCUCUCUACUGAACAAACAUCAAACAUUAACUUAUAUUCCGGAAAGAAGAGUUUGCUGUGAAGUUAUGCAGUUAGCACUUAAAGCAUGAUCUUGACUUCAUAGUAAUACUUGAGAAGCAUAACAUCCUCAAACUCAACCACAAAAAUUGAAAUUGGGAGUCUUAAUGCUCCGUUAUAAAUUCAACAGCUUGAGACAAAUUGCAAAAAAGAUCAGUAGUAGUAGCUUAACCGUGCUGUUCUGUUCAUGUUUUGAUUACACUGGUGGUGUUCGCGGGUGUCCUUUGGCUUUGUAACUCAACAUAAUCAAUAAAUUUUAAUUUAAAACAAUGUAAUAAUCAACUCUAAUAAU